AGCUGCUUGUGUACAUUGUGGUUAUAUACUCUUUGUACAUUAUUUAAAUUAUUUUAAGUAUCUUCACGUGUAAUUAUAGUAUUCUAUUAGUUUUAUCGCUAAAUUGAUCAUGCAUUAAGAUUCGCAAACGUUAAAAUACUAAAAAAUAUUGAUUUAACUGUGUAACGAGGGAAAGAUGUCCUUAACAAAUCUACAUCGUAUCGCUGUUCAGCUAGUUGCCCGGCAUCCAGUUCUCGAUACAGCAAGGUCUUAUAGCCGAUGGGCUCAUAGGAAUCCAGCCAAAGUAAUCUUACCUUACGAGCCAGAUUCAGAAGUGAAUUUGAAAAAGGAAAAGAUAAUUUCCUUAGAUCCUGGGAAGUUCAAUAAACUAAAAGAAAACAAAAAAGAAAAGAUUGCGGUAACAAACAGUUCUCAGAACGAUACAUCGCACAAACUAACUCCUGAAAAAUCAAAAGAAAUAAAGCAAAAACGAGAUGAAUUAAUGAAAAAGAGGAAGUUUUAUCUGAGCCAAGCAAAAGUGUUUGAUGAUAACAAUGAAAUUAUGUAUGAAAAAUUGAAAGACAACGAUGGAUGGUUAAGUUCCCUUCUUGUCAAAUUAAAAUCAAAGAAGGACAAAAUGCGCAGUGGACAGAUCCUGGUUGAAGGUUGGCGACUAAUAGUGGAUGGUCUUGAGGCCAAGUGUCCUCUUAAGUACAUUAUCUUUAGUAACACAGAAGAUUUACGUCAUUUGAGACCAUUUUUACCCAAGACUGGAGUGAAAUUAUUCAAGACUUCUUAUAAGGAGAUGUCAAUGUGGUCUAAUGUUGAGACACCUCCUGGAAUAUUUGGAAUUUUCGAAACACCUACACCACAAACUGUAAAAAUAUUGUCCAAGCCCUUACCAAUGCAGAUCAUAUGUGAUCAAGUUCGAGAGCCAGGCAACUUGGGAGCCAUACUAAGAGUAGCGGUGGGGUCUGGCUGUGAAAAAGUAUUGUUGACUAAAGGAUGUGUUGAUGUCUGGGACCACAAAGUUGUAAGAAGUGGCGCUGGCACUCACUUUCGACUACCAAUUUACACAUCUCUAGACUGGGAAGAUUUGCCUAAACAGCUUCCAAAGCAUACCUCAGUAGUCAUCGCUGACAGCAAUGCUAAGUUUGAUUUAGAUGCUGAUUUGUCUGACGAGGGAACUGCGCAAGGCACACUUCCAAUUUUGCCUUAUUAUGGAGUGGAUUAUGCUUCCUUAGGUCAUGUGUCUUUGAUUAUUGGUGGAGAGACUGAGGGCAUCAGUAAGGAUAGCUACAGGUUAGCAGCUACCCUGAAUGGUUUGCGAGUCAACAUCCCUCUACAAAGAGGCGUCGACAGCCUGAACACCGGCAUGGCCGCGGCGGUCAUCGCUUUUGAAAUCCGAAAGCAAUUCCUACAGGCCAGGCAAGCUAAAGGCAAACAGUCUGUCCAAGUAACUUAAACAAUUGUAUUAUGUAGACGUUAGUGAUAGUAAAGUAGUAAAUAUAAUAUGCCUAUUGA